UUUGAUAUUGACCGCACAAAUGCUGGAAGAUCAUUUACUGCAUAUUAUAACAUCGUAUGUUGUGUAUGUGGUACUGGCAUGUUAUCGCUGCCUUCGGUGCUGGCGUCUGGAGGAUGGGGUGCUUUAGCAUUACUCAUACUUUGCUGGUGGAUGACAGUAUACUCCUCAAUUGUUCUAGUUCAACUGCUCUAUUUCGGUGGAAAUAACCGAUGUAAAACGGUUCACGAAAUUGCCAUACGAGCUUUUGGACCUAUUGGAGGAUACGCCAGUCUGUUCUUCAACGCAUGGAUUCUCUUGGGAACACCUACUCUAUAUUUCGUGCUCUGUGGACAGAAUUUGAACCAGCUGUGUGCCGGUACCGCUGGCGAAAUCGGUGCAACAAACUGGUCGAUUAUAUUCAUUGUUGCUAUUGCAAUUCCUUUUGUCUUUAUGAAAACCAUGGACAACUUGAGCUGGACCUCACUCCUUGGUGUUAUCGUAACCUUUGCCACUACUCUUAUUUGCGUCAUCGAAGCCGGCCUUGAUCGUCCGAACCAUACGGACGUCGUCCAUCAAAACGUCGUUUGGGAAGGUUGGCCCAGCGCCGUUGCAGUCAUUGCAUUCAGUUUGGGUGGCAACGUCAUCUAUCCCAACUGUGAAGCAGCCAUGAAACGUCCCCAGCGAUGGCCCGUUGUCUGUGCUGCUGGAGUGACCACCUGUGCUCUUUUGUAUGCCACGAUUGCAAUUCCUGGCUACUUAGUCUAUGGCGAUGCUGUCCAAAAUCCAGUUUACAACAGCAUUCCUGACGGUGUCGGUCGUAUUAUAGCGAUUGUGUUGGUCACAACAAAUAUCACCGUGUCUGUUCCUAUCUUUAUUGGCUCAUUUACUUUGGACGUGGAAUCGAUGAUGGGGAUAACUGUCGAGCGGCUCGGCAAGACCAAGGAGCUCAUCUACCGAAUAAUUUGGCGUGUUUUCCUGAUAGCAUGUUGUGGUGUAAUCGCCUGUACUGUUCCUCACUUUUCUCCUCUUAUGAGCCUGUUUGGAGCUGUUGGAUACAGUACAAGUAUCUUUAUCAUUCCUAUAGUGUGCUUCUGGAAACUUACUGGAUUCACUAACAAGCCUAUCUACGAGCUUGCUUGGAAUUGUUUAAUUCUAUUAAUGGGCCUUGUUGGACUUAUUUUUGGCACUUGGGACGCCGUGGAGAGUCUUAUUGCCGCAUACACUGGAGGCACCAGCUAA